AACCAGUAACUGGCCAUGGAUUUACGUGUGAUUAUCCUACUCGUCUGCCUGAUUGCCUUGGUCUCCGCCAAAAUACAUAGGUUCAGUUUAAAAAAGCGUAGUCGUCGAACCCAAAAGUUUCCACAUCUAAAACAACUCAGGAUCGAUCGGAAUGAGUUGAGAAGUAAAUUCGGGUUUACGCCACUUCGUACGGUUAACGCGGUGGAAGAAAGUGGUGAUGGCAGUGGUGGUGCUGUGAUUGCCGAGGCCCUAGUGAACUCCUACGACACAAACAUCUACGGGGUCAUCAACAUCGAUGGCCAGGAGUUCACUGUACAGUUCGACACGGGCUCCUCGGACUGCUGGGUGCCCAGUCGUCAUUGUACAUUUUGCAAGAAGACCUGCGGCAACAGCGUGUUCCAGGAAUCAAAGUCCAAACAUUUCCGUCGGAUGAACCGUCCUUUUAGCAUUACCUACGGAAGUGGAUCGGUCAAGGGAAUGGUCCACUCGGAUGUGCUUACCAUAGGGGAUCUGAAGAUUGAAAAUCAGGGCUUGGGAUUCGUCAAUAGCUCUACGACCUGCUCGGUUUUCGAUGGGAUAUGUGGAAUGGCAUUUCCCGCGCUCUCCCGCACCAAGUCGACGCCCAUAGUCCAGAACAUGAUUGCCCAAAAUUUGCUGAAGCAACCGGUAUUCUCGUUCUACAUGAAAAGCGGCUCCAGCGACGGUGGCUCACUGAUCCUCGGCGGCACCAACUCCAGCCUCCACUACGGUCCACUGACCUACACAAACGUAACCGAGGACAAGUACUGGACCUUCCACAUGGACUUUAUCGGCAUUCAUGACUCGGAUACAAAGCGCUGCCCAUUGGGAUGCAAGGCUAUCUUGGACUCUGGCACUUCCCUGAUCGCGGGUCCUGCCGCCGAUAUAGUCCAUCUCAAUGAGGCCAUCGGAGCCCAAUACGAUUCGACCUACGAUCUCUGGACGGUUAAUUGCUUAGAAAUUGAAAAGCUCCCUAAUGCAGAGAUCGGCAUCGAGGAUAAGGUAUUCUACAUAAAGCCCCAAACCUAUGUGAUUGUCUACGAGGACAUUUGCUUGUCGGGAUUCAUGGAUAUGCGGGGUCUGACCUAUUGGAUUCUGGGCGAUGUUUUCAUGAGGGACAACUACUCAGUGUUCGAUGUGGAGAAUAAAAGAAUUGGCAUAGCACCUGCUGUUUAAAUAAUAUGUUUUUAGUUCAGUUUUAAUUUCAGUCAAGUAUAAUAUUUGAUUUUAUGUUUUAAAAUUGUAUUACAUUCAAUAAUUUAAAAAAAAUUGUAUAAAUUGUAGAGAAAAUUAAAAUUAAUUAAAAGUAAUUUGAUUUUGAAGUUUUGAGUCGGUAUUCUCUUUCUUAAUUAUAAUUUAUCAGUUUAAAAUUAAUGAAUAUAAUUACAUAUAAUGCAUUUUCUUUUUAAAAAAUAGACAUAUUUAAAAUUUUUUUACACCAAAAGUUUUAAAGUAAUUAAAGAGAUUGAAUGAA